UGUGUCUGGCGUGUGCAAGGGCUCCGGUGUCGUGCUCUUUGCCCCGAGGGAGUCCCUAAAGGUAGUGACUGGAGGAGAAAAGUUUCCACCACGAUGAAUGUUCAGCUGCUGCUCCUGUUGGCCCUGGCUGGCCCUUUCUGUACCUUCACACAUGCAAGCCCCACAGCACUCCCUCUUACCGACAUACCUGGCACAGAAAGCGCUCCAGACCAUGGCAUGACCACUGACAGCGCAGUACAUUUCAGUACAGAAUUGUCUGCAGCAGAUGAUAGUACAGUUUUCACUGGCCCUCCUGCAACAGAUCCACCAGCAGCCCCUGCAGAUGUAACAAAGGCUUUAACGGAGAAUGUCCCUGAAACGACUGCUCCCACUCUUCCUGAAACUACUGAGGAGCCUGUGGUUGAAACAGUAGCCCCUGCUGCGGCUUCUACUGAACCACCAGCAGCACCAGAAUCAAUUAUCACUGAUGCUCCUUCUGUGGAAACUGCAGCCCCCACUGAACCAGCAAAGCCUGAGGUCCCACCUGCGGCGACGGGAGCCGCCGAGGAAGGCCCGGGCGGCGAGGUGGUCGUUGAAGAGGGUGAGGAAUACGUGGGGUGGAGAUUUGGGUAG